UAGGUAUUGAAGACAAUAACUAUUACAUGAAACUGACACGCAUUUGUCCUUGUGAUAAGUCUACAGAAACUAGAAAUUUAACCUUUGCUUCCACUGAUAGACUAAUAAGCGAAGGAGUCAAUGUACUACUUAUGCGUUAUUUGGCACUUAUAAAUUAUGAAGGAAUAUUAUCUUUUGAAAGCAUUACCAUAGAAGGAGAUAUUGCAAUGUCUAAUUAUAUAUGUACACCCGCAGAACAAACGGUCAUAGAUGGUCAUUUUUUAGACAUUUACACGAUUGAACGUAAAAUAUGCAAACAAGACGGAACUGAGUAUUCUAUAAAAACUUAUUUAACACCAAAAGGUCGAAUAAUUCGGCAUAAUUGGUUGAAUGUUCCAUAUGUCUUGAAAAUUAAUCCAUUAGCUGAUCCAAAGAUUCCACAGAAAACAAUAAAAGUAGAGGCACCAUUAAGAGAUCGUUGGACAGAAGAUAUUGAAAUGUUUUCUAAAUAUCUAGAUAAGAAAUUUUCCAAAAUUGCGGAACAAAGGGAUUAUCUAGUUGAUCAUCCAGAAGUAAAACAACUAAUAGCAGAUUAUGUUGAAACAUUGCUAGUUGGUAAUCAGUUUUACAACUGGAAUAACAUUGUAUCGAUUCUUCUUAGACAGGUCACAUUAUGUAUUUAAAUGUAUUUCUAUUUUACAACAGUACAUUAAUAUUUUUUAAAUUUUACUGGUCUCCACAGUAAAGCCUAAAAAUGUGAUAGACUUCACGAUUCAACAUUUCAAAGCAUUUUCUAAAAAUCCUAAAACUUGGGAGACCAGUACAUUUAAGAAAAAUGACAUUUGUGUACAAUCACAGCUGGUGGAAAAAAAAUCAAGUACUACUGUAUGUAACAUUUGUGGAUUUUUCAUACAUUGCAAUGUGAUAGAAAAAUCUUCUUCUGAAUCUAUAGGAGAAUACCACGAAGCGACAGUAAGUAUUUUUUAAAUCUAAAGUAAAUUAAUAAUUAAAAUGAAUAUUAAUUUUAGAACUCAGAUGACUUCGCACAAAGUUCGAAUAACAGUAUAAUUCAUGUAGAAGAAAUAGAUGAUGCACUAAAUAAAAUAAGUACAAAGGAACAAAAUAUUGAUGAUACUCUGCCAGAACAAAAAGAAACUUGUGGUCGCUGUAAAACUACUAUAAAUAUCCGCGACAGUUAUCAAGUAUGAUUUUAUUAAUAUUUAUGUUAAAACUUUAUAUUGUAAUUCAUAUUACUUAAAAUUUUAGACUUAUCCCAAAUGUCCUGGAUGUCUUAGAACAUUUAAUAUAUGUACAAAAUGCUCUGCCAUUGAUCAAAUAUUACAAAAAUUAAAACGUUGAAAUGCAGAUAUAGAAAUGAAUAAGAUUUUCACAAAUAUUUAAUAACUAUUUUAAA